AUUAUUAUUGAGAGAUGAAGUUAAAAUGUGCGUGGGUGUGGUUGAUUUUGAUGUUGAUGUUUAUUUCAUCAGAAAGAUGGAGAGUUGAGAGUUGUUUGAAGCAAGAGAAAUAUGCUCUCUUGCAACUUAAACAUUUCUUCAAUUAUCUUUACUCAAUUCAAGAUUCGGUUGAGGGAGAUAAGGAUUCAUCAAACUGUUGUCAAUGGAAAAUGAUUGAAUGCAGCAAUACAACAGGCAGAGUGAUAGGUCUUGAUCUAGAAUAUGCAAGAGAUCCUGAAUUAGGCGAGUGGAACCUAAAUGUUUCUUUGUUUUCUCCCUUCCAAUAACUGGAAAGACUUUAUUUAAGUAACAAUCUUAUAGUCGGUUGUGUUAAGAAUGAAGGUUUUGAAAGAUUAUCACACUUGAGUGAUCUCAAGGGUCUCUAUCUCGAUCACAAUAUGUUUAAUGACAGUCGUAUUUUAUCAGCUUUGAGCGAACAUUCAUCUCUCAAGAAUUUAAGUUUAGCUUAUAAUCAUUUAAGAGAACUAAACCAUUUUAAUGUUUCAAAGUUGAGCAACUUGGAGUAUCUCGAUUUAAGCGGUAACACCUUCAACCAUAGCAUACUAUCAUAUGUGUCUACUCUCUCUUCAUUAAAAAAAUUAGAUAUGUAUGAUAUUGGAUUAAGAAGAACAUUUGAUCUUCAAGAACUAGUCUCUUUGAGCAAUUUAGAGGUAUUAUACAUGGGAGGAAAUCAGAUUAACAAAAUCGUAUUCUCAAAAGGUGAAGCAGGUUUGAAGAAGUUAUAUUCACUUUCUUUUUAUAAUGUGUCUAUUAGUGAUGGGAAUAGUCUCUUUCAGACAUUGGGUUCAUUGACAUCCUUACAAUUUUUUGAACUGUUGUAUUGUAAUAUCAGUGGAAGGCUUUCCGAUCAUGGUAAGUACGUUAAUAUUGCCCAACAAAAAAAAAUCAUUUUAAAUAAUUCUCUUAAUUACUAAAUAAUUUUGGUAAACUUCGUUUUACCUUUUCAACUAAAUAAAAUAAAAACAUUGAAUUUUUAUUUAUAAGAAAGGAUUUGGUGAGAAUAAAUUGAAAUUUGAUUUAUAUAUUCUUUAACUAUUGUAAAUGUACAAUAUUGUAUUUUCACACAUUAAACAAAAGACUAACUUUAUUUAAUGGAGCUGAAAUUAGUUUAGACAUGUUAAAUAUUAUAUGCCCAAUCAAAAUAGUCAUUAAGAAGGGCAUUAUAGUAAAUCUAUCAAACAUUAACUUUAACAAAGUCUAGGUAU